UGAACAGAAGCCCACAUUCAUACAUGAACAACCCUGAGGAGGAGAGAAACAGAUAUGAAUUCAACACAGACAAGCAGAUUGUCAUCCUGAAAUUCACAGAUCUGGAUGGGGAUGGUAUGGGCUUGCUCAGCUGGUUUGCUGUUCAUCCCGUCAGUAUGAAUAACACCAAUCGCAUGGUGAGCUCGGACAACCUCGGCUACGCCUCCUAUGCCUUCGAGCAAGAGAAAAACAUUGGCUUUCUACCCGGUGAGGGUCCUUUUGUAGCCGGCUUUUCCUCCAGUAAUCUUGGAGAUUCAUCUCCCAACAUUCUCGGCCCCGUCUGUGUGAACACAGGCGAGAAGUGUGACUACCUUAACAGCUCCUGUCCCAUCGGUGGAUUAUAA